AUGCAGGUACAGGGUAUCGCGGUAGUUGGCAGUUUGCUAGUGCAUGCCACUGCAUGGCUUGGAGAUAAGCACUGGUUCGCUGUAAUCCUUGCGAAAGCAGACACAUCCCGCGGUAGUUGGGUCCCCCUAAGGAUGCAUGUCGGCAGUCGCUUGCACAGGCAGCAAAGUAGUCGAGAAGUGAGACCAGUAGCAGGCGAGGCACUCGAUGCGGGGUUCGCAAAGGGACUUUCCAAGAACCGCAAGUGCGGCGGAGAAGUGUCCGGGGUGAUUGCGCGAAAGUGUCAAUGCUCGCCUUCGGGUCAGGGUCGCGGCAAGCAAGCUUUUGGUGCACAGUUCGAACCUACCAACUCGCCUUCCCUGCCUGUUCGAGGCAUGAUUCACCGAGAACAGUCUGCAGGUGUGUGGACGAGAACCGGCACCGCCACGCGUAAGCAAGACACGGCACUUGGAACUCCAUCUCUAUCUCAGCUUGGUCGACCAAUACCGAUUGCGAUGUUUGUCGGAGCUGAAUACCGGUGA